AUGCUUUAUGAUCCUUAUAAAUGCCAGUGUGCUUCUCAUGCCAGUGCUCCAAAGAACAUGAUGCUACAAUGUUCCGAUGCGAGUGUGCACCAUCUGAAAUUCGCCCACUUUGGGGACUACAAGGACAAGAUCAGAACUAGCAGGAUCAUCAAGAAUGGGUCCACCAGAAGCAUGGUACAUUGUGCUCAGCUCUGUUCAGGGAUUGAAGCAUGCGUUUCUUUCUUCCACAACAAGAACACAAGACACUGUAGUCUCCAUGACGUCAUCUUUUUCAGCCCGGAUGAUGGCACUGACAGUCCAGGAAUGAAGUAUUACGUUUACAAUGAAGAAAGAUGUUCAUUCUCGGACGAUUUCGCCUACAGUCGCACAACUGGCGUGUGUCUCAAGAUUUCGUAUGCGGACAUGUAUAAAAAUUAUCCUAACUCUAAGAAGUACUGCGAGGUCCGUAAUCUUCGGCUUGCUGUCAUCGAUAGCCAGGACAAGUACCAGUACACCGUCAGCACAAUCAGACAGUCAUCACGUUACCCUGCCAACAGGAACUACUAUAUAGGUCUGACUGACCUGAAAAAUGAAGGGCAGUUUGUGUGGAUAGACGGCACCAAUGCCACAUGGACCAACUGGAGGUUCAACCGUCCAAAGAUGGAUAAAACAAGGAACUGCGUCAUUUUGGCAGGGAAUAAUUAUUACAAAAGCAAACUUAAAUUUGUGGAUAAAGAAUGCAAAAUAAAUCCGUUUCGAUGGAUAUGUGAGAAAGUCCUCAAAUAA